AGUGCGCUUUGGUGACAGCUGCCCUCAUGAUAUCCACGAACGUGUCCAGCGGACCCGGCGACCCGCACUCCGGCCACGGCAAGAAGCACAAGAAGAAGAACAAGAAGCACCGCAGAGGAGGCGCCGUGACCGUGUCUGCUGUGAGCAGCGUGCCGGCUGUGAGCGUGGCCGCCGUGGACACAGAGCCUCAGAGUCCCAACUCGGACAAUCUCUGCCAUAUCCUGGCAGUUCAUAGAGACGGUGCCACUCCACCGGGGAGUCCUCCACUGCCUCCCCUCCAUUUGUCCCAGAGUCCUCCUGACCUCCACCCCCCAGCACCACUUUCCCCUUCCUCACCCAUACCACUAAUCCCAGCCAAUCACCUGCUGCCUUCAUUAGAUUCCCCUCCCAUACCUGAUAGCCCUCCACUGUGUGUCCCUCCCAAGCAGUCUGUGGACCCUCCCACUUCAUCGGUCACUCCAGCCAAAACUCCCCCAUCACAGGCCGCCACUCCGCCCCCUGCUGAACUCCUCGGAUCGGAUGACGAGGAACAGGAAGACCCGUCCGAUUACUGCAGAGGGGGUUAUUACCCUGUAAAGAUAGGAGACCUGUUCAAUGGCCGAUACCAUGUGGUCAGGAAACUGGGCUGGGGCCACUUCUCCACUGUGUGGUUGUGCUGGGACCUUCAGAGGAAGCGCUUUGUGGCCUUGAAGGUGGUGAAGAGUGCACGGCACUACACUGAGACGGCCCUGGAUGAAAUCAAAUUGCUGAAAUGUGUUCGAGACAGCGACCCCACUGAUCCUAAACGGCAGAAUAUAGUGCAGCUGAUUGAUGACUUCAAGAUAUCUGGUGUCAAUGGAGUUCAUGUUUGCAUGGUGCUGGAGGUACUUGGUCACCAGUUACUCAAGUGGAUCAUCAAGUCCAACUACAUGGGUAUGCCCAUGGUCUGUGUAAAGAGCAUUAUCCGCCAGGUCCUGGAGGGCUUGGAUUACCUCCACACCAAAUGCAAGAUCAUCCACACAGACAUCAAGCCAGAGAACAUUCUGCUGGAUGUGGAUGAGGUGUACGUGCGGAGGCUGGCUGCUGAAGCCACGUUGUGGCAGCAGACGGGAGCACCACCUCCUUCUGGCUCUUCUGUUAGCACCGCCCCAAGGGAGAAACAGACAGGCAAGCUGUCCAAGAACAAGAAGAAAAAGAUGAAGCGGAAAGAAAAAAGGCAGCAACGGCUGCUGGAGGAGAGACUGGUUGACCUCCAGAAGAUGGAGGAGCUGGACAGCGCAUCCCUCCCCGACCCCCUUGUCUCCCUCGCCAACCCCCACGCAGCAGGCCCACCACGUACACUGCGGAGAGCUAGCCUGCUGCAGGAAGAGGUGUUGGACCCCGACAGACAGGCCACACACUGUGAAUUGUCCCCAGGCUCUUCCUGUGAAGUGAAUGGGAAUGGAAGCAGCCAUGCCAGCACGACAGCUGGGGCUCUAAGGAGACCUGGAUCAGCACGGCUCUCCUCCUGGAUGGGGGACGGUGUCGACGGUCAGACCUCGGUGCGCUUCUCCAGCCCAGGCUCUGGCCUGUCGGGGAUGUCGGGCUCUAUCCUGUCCCCCACCUCAGAGUCGGCGCUGUCCACCCUUUCGGGAUAUUCUACUGAGAGAAGCAGCCACCCCUCAGUGUUCUCUCCGCACAUGUUCAGGGCAAAUGAGUUCCUGGUCAAUCCCCUGGACCCACAGAAUGCAGACAAGAUCCGCGUGAAGAUCGCGGACCUCGGCAACGCCUGCUGGGUGUACAAGCACUUCACAGAGGACAUCCAGACCCGUCAGUAUCGUGCAGUGGAGGUCCUGAUCGGGGCACAGUACGGGCCCCCAGCAGACAUCUGGAGCACUGCCUGCAUGGCGUUUGAGCUGGCAACUGGAGACUACCUGUUUGAACCUCACUCAGGUGAAGAAUAUACCCGAGAUGAAGACCACAUUGCACAUAUAAUUGAGUUGCUGGGACCCAUUCCACCUUAUUUUGCCCUUUCUGGGCGGUAUUCCCGCGAGUACUUCAACCGGAGAGGGGAGCUGCGGCACAUCUCCAACCUGAAGCCGUGGGGUCUCUUUGAAGUGCUGCUGGAGAAAUACGAAUGGCCUCUGGAGCAGGCAGCCCAGUUCAGUGACUUUCUCCUCACCAUGCUGGAGUAUGUCCCAGAGAAGAGAGCCGCAGCGGCCCGCUGUCUGCAGCACCCCUGGAUAAACUCCUAAGCUCAAGAGCGUUGCUGUUUGGCCUCCCAAAGUGGUCAGGAAUGACUGCAAACACUGGAGUUUUUGCUAGCACAUUACAGAACUAUAUUUGGGUAUAAAAUCUUACCUCAACUUGUAUUUUUUAAUGCAUUUCAUGAAAAAUCAAAAAUGGUCUGAUUUCAGAGGUAUGGUUAUUUAUCAGUGUUAUGUAUGUUUUUAAUUUCAAUAA